AUGAAAAUUUAAAUUAUAGAUUCAGCAGCCAAAAUAUACAAAGCCUUUAAGAAAUAAGAAACCUCUAAGAGUGUUAGAUUUAAAUUCUUCACUAAUUAUAUGUUAGUUGAGAAUCAAAGACUUAAAAUCUUUGAUUUCUCAGAAAUUGUAAUAUUCCAUGAAGAUCAUAAAAAAUUUAUUAUUACAAGAUUAAAUGAGUUUACUCAUGAAAUGGAAAUACACAUUGCUGGUUGUAAAGAAAUCUAAGCCAGAUUAGAAUCUAUUGAUAUUAUAGAUCAAAACUUAUUAGAAAUUAAAAGUAAUAUGAAAGAAAGUCUUGAACUAUAAAAAUUCAAAAAAAUAGUAUCUGUCAACCUUAAAGAUGAACUUUUCAUCAUAGUGAUGACAGAUCAAUUAUUAAUAUAUCGUUUAGAAUCAUUAGUAGGAACAUCUUGUGAGAAAGUCAAUCCAUUAAAAGAAAUUAUAUUCUAUCGUAUUCUUGUUUCUAUUAAACCUUAUGUUUCAGCCUAUACUGAAGAUAAAAUAUAUUUAUUUUAAAAGAAUGUUACCUACAAGAGUAUAGCAAAUCAAUUAAUCAUCAAUUAUAAAGUCAUUGAUUGUAAUUAAUCUGAAAAGCCUUAGUUAAAUUAAAAAAUAACACUUCAAAGCCCUUAAGUUGCAUAAGCUACAGAAACUAUGCUCUCCUAUAUAUAAAAAGUGAAAAUUAUUGGCAGAACUUAACUUUAUUUGAGUAUAUAGACUGAAUUUAAGAAUUAAGCCUAUAAAUAAAAAGUAAUUCAUGAAUUUGGAGAACCUUUAAUCAUAAGAAAAUAAAAAUAAUCUUUCAAGUAAUCCGAUGUUAGAUAUAUUCAAUGUAUCUCGAACAAAAAUAAUUUGAGCAAACUAAAUUAAGCAUGA